ACACACACAUGCACACAAGCCAGAGGCCGAACAUUAUACGAAGGUUAACGCAUUUUUUUACUUUGUGAGGAAAUUUGCAAAAAAGAAGGCUUACAAAAUUCAAACAAAGCCUUACAUUAAGUCAUUUGUUUACUAUUAAAUAUAAGUAAAUUUCUAGCGAAAAGAAAUUUGUAGAAAAAAUAAGACGCGUGCCUUCGCAAAUUCUAGCAGCCAGCCAGUAUUUUACAGCAACACUACUUAAGAAAGAAGAAGACAACGACGACGAAGGCAUCAAACAAGGCGUUCUAUUAACACUGAUCUGAAGAAAAUAAGAACAACAUGUCUGGCAUUGCUAUCACACGUUUAGGCGAAGAACGAAAGGCAUGGCGCAAAGAUCAUCCAUUCGGUUUUGUGGCACGUCCAGCAAAGAAUCCCGAUGGCACAUUGAAUCUGAUGAUCUGGGAAUGUGCCAUUCCCGGUAAGAAGGGUACCCCAUGGGAGGGUGGUCUCUACAAAUUGCGUAUGAUUUUCAAAGAUGAUUAUCCAACCUCACCCCCAAAGUGUAAAUUCGAACCUCCAUUGUUCCAUCCCAAUGUAUAUCCCUCGGGGACGGUCUGUUUAUCUCUGUUGGAUGAAGAGAAGGAUUGGCGUCCCGCCAUUACCAUUAAACAGAUCCUCUUGGGCAUUCAAGAUCUAUUGAAUGAGCCCAACAUUAAAGAUCCUGCCCAAGCUGAAGCUUAUACCAUUUAUUGUCAAAAUCGAUUGGAAUAUGAGAAACGUGUGCGUGCCCAGGCCAGAGCAAUGGCUGCUACAGAAUAAAAUGCAGAUGUUUCUUUUAUACUUAAACAAAACAACAACAAACUCCAUUAGUUAUAGAAAAUAAGAAUACAACCACAAGGCAAAACAAACAGAACCAGAUAAUAAGCAUACACUAAACUACCAACACCAGAGCAAACAAUUUUCAGCCAAUAACCAUUUCUCACGCCACAUCAUCUCAUCGACGAUAUUUGGCCCGGAAGAGUCUGUUUAUGUUAGGAUUUUAUUUUAUACUUCCCUCUGAAUCCAUGUAUUUAUAAAUAUGAGAAGUCCUUAAACAAAAUUUAUAUUUAAAACUCUGUAACUAUUAAUAAUCGUAUAUUACCAUAAUUACUUCAUUUUCGCACUUAAUAAUAUAUUUUAAAAUAAUGAAAGAAAACAAAACAAUUAAAAAUAUACAAA